UAAUCCCCCCCCCCCCCCCCCCCCCCCCCCCCCCCUCUCUCUCUCUCUCUCUCUCUCUCUCUGUGGGUGAGGGAGCUUAGCUAAUCGACAUUGUCGUCUCUCCCCGAGAACGCAUCCUCAUCUGAUCUCGACUCCCCUGGCCCUGCCACCGGAUUACCAAAGUGAUGCUGAUUGAGGUGCCUCGUUCACCGCCCCUCGUCGGUUCAGCUGUGGCUGGAUCUGGGUUUUGAGUGAUUAGAGAGUAUCGAUUGCAAACAAUGGAGGACGAGAAGAAAAAAAAGAGAAACAAGAAGAAGAAAAACAAGCAGAGCAAUAAAGUCGUAGAAGAAGCCGCUGUGGCGGGCAAUGGUGACGGAGAAGCUACUUCUGCAGAACAACAAAAUCAUGCGGGUAAUGGGCAGAAUGAUCAGAAUGAGGCCAUUGCUGCAAGAAACGAGGAGGUGGAUGAACCAAACAUGCAUCAGUCCAAUGGCACAGAGGCUAUGAAUUCCGAUUUAGCUCAAGCAGAGAAGCAGCAGUGGCUGCAAACUGAGCAAACAUUCUUACAGGCAUCCCUGCAAGAGACCAUUAAGUAUUUAAGGAGUGAAAAUGAUCUGCAUUUACAAAAGCAGGCUGAUCUGGAGGUAAAACUUGCGCAACUUCAGAGUGAAAAGGAAUCUUGGCUACAGAAGGAGGCAAGCUUGGAGGAUAAAAUUGGCCAUUUGUCGGAAGACAAAGCUUCGCUUGGAUCGAAACAGGAAAGCUUGGAGGAAAAAAUCAGACAGCUUGAAAGAGACUAUGAUUCCUGGAUUCUGAAGGAGAAAUCAAAUAAGGAAACAAUUUCUAAUAUGGAGAUGGAACUGACAAAACUACGGCUGCAGGUGGGGGAGUUGGAAGAAUCCAAGAACAUCUCCAUACAAGAGAACCAACGCCUUACUGAUAUCAUAUCUGGGCUGCAAGAACAGAUUCAGAACCUGGAGAGCACUAAUAUAUCCACUGCUCGUGCUCUAGAUGAGCAAAUAAAGCGUUCUUCAGAGUGCGAUGUCUUGAACUCUCAGCUGGAAGGAGCAUGCUCGCUGGUUGAGAGAUUGAUAACAGAAAAUUCGGAGCUUGUAGAGAAGGUGAAUGAGUUGUACCUUAAACUCGAUCAACAUAAAGUAACCUCCGGGCACUCCUCACUUGUCCGGCCCAGUUCCGUUCUCGGAGUAGAUGGAACUAAUGGUGUUGCUGAUCGCAGUUCCAUAUCUAGUAAGAACUUACCCAUCCUAGCUGAGAAACCAGAGCCACCGACAGAGAUUGUCAUCGUAGAGGAUGAGCCAAUGCUGAGCGACAAGGGGGACACCACCAACCACUCCAUCGUCAUGUCAAACUCAUUAAAGUCCGAGGAGUCUGGAGAAAUAGUCCAAAUUCCCCUCGAUGAGAAUGAAGUUCAGACUGUGGAGUCAAAGGGAGGAGUUGAGGACGACGGUAAGACCGCCGUCCCACUUACAGAUGCCCCACUCAUCGGUGCCCCUUUCAGGUUCAUUUCCUUCGUCGCUGGUUAUGUCAGUGGUGCCGACCUAGUGGAUAAGAAUUCGAGGAAGUGACAUCUUACAACUUUACUCAUUUUGUCUGUAGAAUUUAGAUGAUGGCCCUUCACAAAUUUUUGGACAAUUGACUGAAUAGUAGCUGAAUUUGGGCUUUUCUCACUUUAUCCUUUUUUAUUUUUAUUUUUAAUAUAGUCAUAGAUAUCUCGUAGAACUGUAUGUUACUAUCACACAGCUGGUGCGCUGAUGAAUUAUUCACACUAAUACAUUUAAUUUCCAAUU